CCUUUUGUUUCCAAUAGAUGUCAGUGUUUCUCCUUUCAUUUUUUAUUGUUUAUUUUUUUUAUUUUUUAUUCUAGCGCCGAAUUAAACGAACCAAGGCUGGAUUUGAAAUCUGAGCUUUACAUCUUCCGCACUACUGUAAACUACAUAUUGCUUAACUGAGUACCUUUUUGAAAGCAAAGUACAUUUAUGGGUAAAUUGAGACGAGAUCAUCAUUUUUUUUCAGUAUUUAUCAUUUGAAUGACAUUUUUGUUUGGUGGCGUCCUGUGAGAAUUAUUUGUGUAUUUUUUUUCCUCAUGUGAAAUAUGUGUUUUGCCUCAAUCAAAAUUGAGAAACUGUAUUUGAUGGGAGUAAUUCACAAAUGCAGUGUAUAAUGCUGAAGCUUCAAUUCCGUCAGUUAGUUUUUGGGUGAAGUACUCCAAAGUAAACUAACAUUUCAUAAAACACUUAGGAGAGGCUGCUUAAAAGUUUGCUUUUUAAAGAAAAAUCUUAUUUUUUUUUUUUUAAUGAACCAGAAAUAAACUGGAUCACACUUUUAAAGUUAAUAAAUGUAUAGUAUACUGGUUUAUUUUUCUUACAUAUAUUUAUAUAUAUAUAGUAGACCUAGAUAAGGGGUUUUAGAACUGUUUACAACACCAAAAAAUACUAAAUAAACAAAUACUGCACCACCAUAUUAACCAACAUUAAAAUAAAAUACAUUAGUAUAAUAGACUCAUGUCUUCAUCAGAAAUGAGAUUUUGAUUCCGAAAGGUAUAUGUAAUAUUAUUUUACACAACGGUAAUAAUAUAUGGGAAGGGGAAAAAAACUGUACUUAAAUCGACAUUGAGUGCACUUCUUUGAAGUACCACUAGAGGGAGCCAGCGUAUCACUUAGUGGCGAGCAGAGAGUCACGACAUUUGCAGCAUCCCGCAAUGUUGAGAAAAAUGAAGGUUGUUUUUUUUUUUUUUUUAAUAUACUCAUUAUCAUUCCUUUAAGGAAAUAUUCAAAAACGAAUGAUCAACAAUCAAGAUUAUUAUUAUUGAUCGUGUGGUUUCCCCUCAGCAAAUAUAAAUAUAAAUAUAUCACAUCAUAUCAUUACGUGUACACAAUUGCCCCUGAGUUUCAUUGUUUUUAUCUACAGUACGUUACAAAAGUUUGGACACUAAAACGCUCCGGAAUGACAAAGCCAAACUUUUAUACAAUUUCGAUAGAUUUAACAAUACAACUGAAUUUGAAAUCACACGUCACGGAAACCAGGGACGACCAAAUAUAUUUAUUGUUCAAUUUAUGUGAGAAGCGUUUGGGGGAGGUGAUGCUUGUAAUAACUGUAAAAAAUAAAAAAAUAAAAAUUGAAAAAGUGUGGGGGAGGGGGUGAAUAAAUGCAACUUUGCAAUGAUUUUAAUGAAGAAAUACACUUAGCAAAAAAAAAAACACUUUACAGAAUCUCUGGAGUGUUAUCUCUAUGUGAGUGCGUGUGCGUGUGCGUGUGUGUGUGUGUGUGUGUGUGUGUGUGUGCGUGUGUUUGCUGAGCAUAAAAGGAGCGUGCGUCACUCGCUUCUGCAGAUGGGAGGUGAGCUUUGUCGGGAUUCAACAAGCUUUCCAUUUCCAGAGCGUGUCUCGCUCGGUGUGUCUUCUUAAGAAAAGAAAAGAAAAGAAAAGAAAAGAAAAGAGGAAGAGGAAGAGGAAGAGGGGGGGAGUGGAACGAUGCCUGGGGGGGGAAAGUGAGCGGAGGAGGAAGAGGAGGAUGGCGGUAGAGAAGAAGUUCGGUGUCGAGAUGGUGAAGCAAAAAGGGAGCCUGUAAAGUCCGAAGUGAUCGUCCGUUGAGCGCACACGUUGAAAGCGAGGAGAAGGAAGGAAGGAAGGAAGGAAGGAAGGAAGAAGAGAAAUGGAGCCGGAGGCGAGCGCGGGGCCAGAAGCCCCCAAUUUGGCGCAGACGGCCGCCUCCAAACUCAGCCAGAUGGGCGACAGGAGCAAGCGGCUGGGCAGCGCCAUGCGGGAGCCGGCUCGGCAGAGGCGCAUCAUCCUGGUCAUCGUGUGCGUGGUUCUGCUCCUGGACAACAUGCUCUACAUGGUCAUCGUGCCCAUCGUCCCGGACUACCUGGAGGGGCUGCAGGAGUCGGCGGAGCGCGCGCAAGUCUCGCCCCCUCCCGCCGGCAACGACACGCGGCGGCGAGAGCCCGCCGGGGCCAACUUCGACUUGCAGAUCGGAGUGCUGUUCGCCUCCAAAGCCGUCGUGCAGCUGCUGGUCAACCCGCUGAGCGGCACCUUCAUCGACCGGGUGGGCUACGACAUCCCGCUGGUGAUCGGCCUGAGCAUCAUGUUCCUGUCCACGCUGGUGUUCGCCUUGGCGGAGAACUACGCGACGCUGCUGGUGGCGCGCGGCAUGCAGGGCAUCGGCUCGGCCUUCGCCGACACGUCGGGCAUCGCGCUCAUCGCCGACCGCUACCCGGAGGAGGCCGAGCGCAGCCGCUCGCUGGGCAUCGCGCUGGCCUUCAUCUCCUUCGGGAGUCUGGCGGCGCCCCCCUUCGGCGGGAUCUUGUACCAGUUCGCCGGCAAGCGGGUGCCCUUCCUCAUCCUGGCCGCCGUGUGCCUGGCCGACGGGGCCCUGUGCCUGGCGGUGCUCAAGCCCUUCUCCCAGCGCGAGCGGGCCAACAUGCCGGUGGGCACGCCCAUCUGGCGGCUCAUGACCGACCCGUACAUCGCGGUGGUGGCCGGGGCGCUGACCAUCUGCAACAUCCCGCUGGCCUUCCUGGAGCCCACCAUCGCCAAGUGGAUGGAGGACACCAUGCACUCCAGCCAGUGGCAGAUGGGCAUGACGUGGUUCCCCGCCUUCUUCCCGCACGUGCUGGGGGUCUUCCUGACGGUCAAGCUGGCCGCCAAGUACCCGCACCUGCAGUGGUUCUACGGGGCCGUGGGCAUGGUGCUGAUCGGGGCCAGCUCGUGCACGGUGCCGGCGUGCAAGAACUUCGGCGAGCUCAUGGUGCCGCUGUGCGGGAUCUGCUUCGGCAUCGCCUUCGUGGACACGGCGCUGCUGCCCACGCUGGCCUUCCUGGUGGACGUGCGCCACGUGUCCGUCUACGGCAGCGUGUACGCCAUCGCGGACAUCUCCUACUGCGUGGCCUACGCCACGGGGCCCGUGGUGGCCGGCAAGAUCGUGCACGACCUGGGCUUCGCGCAGCUCAACCUGGCCAUGGGCCUGGCCAACGUGCUGUACGCGCCCGCGCUGCUGCUGCUCAAGAACGUGGCCCGCAUGAGGCCGUCGUACUCGGAGAGGAACAUGCUGCUGGAGGACGGCGCCGCGGGACUCUACGACGCCGUCAAGAUGGAGCAGAAGCAGAAGAAGAGGAAAGGCCCGUGCGCCGCCGCGGACCGCGACGGCAUCGAGACCUUCGCGGGCCGCUCCUUCUCCCAGGAGGAAUCCUCGGGUGGCGAGGGCGCCUGAAGCCACGGCCAACGAGCCCCUCCGUUGUUUUUUCCCCUCCAAAAUAACUGCUUAAUAUCGGUGGUUCUCAAACUUGAAACCUAAAAAAAAAAAAAACAACAACAUACGCUAAUACUCUCCAUGUACCACCAUCACAACAACAUCAUGAAAAAAAAAAAAUAGAUUUGAUUGUAACCCGAUGCGCAGUUUGAACAUUUAACACUGCUCUCAAAUAGAGCACAAUUUAAUUUAAAAAAACAUAUAUGUAUUGCACAUUUAAGGGAAAUGGUAUUUCAAAGUGAAAUACAACUGGACUGUACUUAACGAGCGCACGAUGCUGGAUUUAAAUAGUUUAGGCCACUGUAAUAUUAUGCGCAGUUUGAACAUUUAAUUCAGCAAUUCUUCACUUACCACUAGAGGGAGCCUCCGUACAACUUUGAGAAUCACCGACCGAUAUUAAGAGUCUGAGCAAUUCAUUGUGUUCCACAUCGUAGUUAGGGUUGACCCCGCAGGGCUGUUAUGACUGUGGGGGGAAAAACAAAAAAAACAUAUACACUGAACCCCGCAAAUUCCUAGUUUGGCGUUGAAAAGUUCCAGGAUUUUUUUUUUUUUCCUUUUCAGGAAACAUAUCCGCCAUUAUUCGACGAAAAACCCACCAGUUUUGACUGGCAUCUUGGUGUCAAGCAACUAUGAUCAAGUGAGUUGAGGAGCUUCAUUCGGGCAAAAGUAGUGCUUUGCUGCCAUCCUGUGGCAUCGAUAGGCAAUUCUUAUAUCAUUUUUGCUGUUUGAGGCAAGGCUCAGUGCCAACGGCGAGUGAACGACGAGCUUUCACUGCAGUCGCCUCAUCAUGUUAAUUAGAAUUGUCAAACAAUGAGACCUCCAUUUUUGUGGACUUUCUGCAACUCCUGCUAACAACCCAGGUUAAACUGAGCUCCUCCUUGACAGCGGUAUCACUUCAAUUGACUUCCUUGACACCAAUGACUAGCUUCCGAUUCGCCGGGGAUUUGGCGAAUGUGCUGAAAAUAUGCAGCGACAGUGUUCCAACCGAUAGCCGAGGAUAGAAAGAAAGAGAAAAACAAACAACGCAAAUCGGUGAAAGGGCGCAGUUCGCUGGACUUAGUUUUAAGUUCAAGUGUGUCCUUCCAGCUUCCGCUUUUUGCAGUAGAAAGGAGCCAUGCAGUCAGUGGAGUGGCCUUUUCAAAAACAAAUUUAACAAAAUGAAAAAGUGAUUGUAUCCAUUUACAUUUCGGGGAUUAUAUGUGUUUGUACAUUUCAGUACACACUUGCGGUCAGUUUGCCUUUGAGUUGCACCGCUACGAACUCGCUAGUUAUGCAAAAAUAAUCAAUGUGUCCCUGAAUAUCUUUAUUCUUUGCUUUCUUUCUGUUUUUGACGAUGCAACGCCUCGACGUACGAGCUGCUCCUGUACGUACGUGCGUAUUGGUGUACAGACAUGAAGUGGACAUUACGGUACGUCUCCAAACCGGGUUUCCCAACCUUUAUGGCGCCAAGGCGCGCAUUUGAAAUUGGAAAAAAAGGUCGCGGCACACCACUGAACAAAAAUCAUAAAAAAAGUACACAUCGUCGCUGUCGGCCGGAAUCCUCGCAUCGAGUUAUUAUCGGGUUAGUAUGAUAGCUAACGCUACUGAUGAUGGUUUGCUUGUAAUUAGCUAACGACUGGAUGAAAAAAGUAGUUUAUGUACAAUGAAAAAAAAGUACUUCAUUUUCGCUUGCGAAUGAUUAAAAUGUGGUAAACUGAUGUAAUUGCCCCGCGUUUCCUCGAAAACAAUCAAACAAAAUCUUACUUUAACAUAUUUGAGUGAUGGACAACCCUUGUACAUGUUCCAAUAGUAAAGAAAGUAAGAUCAAUGUCAAGAAAAAGAAUUGUUUUCAGUGUAACAUGGCUUGGUGAUUGUGUACAUGCUAGAUUCAUGGCGUUGGUGCUUUAUGACAAUGUUUCAAUGUUUCGCAACCUUCAUUUUCCAAAAAUGAAAUAAAAAUGUCACUAAAAGUAGGGAUACGCAAACGAUGAUAAUCCAGUCUCAAUUUUCCCGCAAAGCGACUUUGUGGGAAAUCCGGACCUGUUUAAUUGAACAUAUAGUUUGAGAAUUUGUCAUUUUCUGCAAAUAAACACAAAAUGACAAUA